UCGUGGCGCUAGCGGGCGCGUUCUUCUUCUGUUGUUUAAAAUGGCGGCUGGCUAGCGGACGCGUUCGGUCACUGUUACCAAGGAAGUAGACGAGCGAUUUCUUCCGGAUUAAGAGUCGAAAGGAAAGCUUUCCCACAUGUGGCGAAUGUAUGAAGGCUGAUCCAGAAUCAGAAAUCAGAGAAAAAUCAACAAACAGAACCAAUGAAAAGCAACUCAAGGAUGCAAAAAGCAAGAACAAAUAAAAGUUUUUGAGAAGUUAGCUGACAAAAGUUGACAGUUUUACCUAACUCAGGAGAACAUGGCAGUUGAUGGUGCAACUAAAGAGAAGAAGAAAAAGAAGAAAAUAAAGGUGGAGGACGAAGAAGCGGACGGAGUCGUUCAGUAUGCAGGAAACACAAAUGUGGUGCAGUGUCAUGAUGUGUCCGUCCAGACUGUUGUGAAAAAAGAACCGUUAGAAGUAAACACUAGAGAUGGAGAGAAUGAGGAGAAGAAGAAGAAGAAGAAGAAAAAGAAAAUAAAGGAGGAGGUGGAAGCAAUCCCCGUGACAGUGUGUUGUGAUGCGUCCGUCCAGACUACCGUCAAAGCUGAACUCUCAGAAACCAAUAUCAGUGAUGCUCAUGAAAAGACAAUAAAGAAGAAAAAGAGUAAGAUUAAGAAAGAGCCAGAACCGCUGCAGGAGGAAGAGAUCAUCAGCGAGGAUGGAGAGUGUUUAGUGUCCAAGAAAAAGAAAGCCAAGAAAAAAGGAUAUACCGAUGAGGUGGAAGAUAUGAAAAAUAAAAAGACAAAAAAGGAAGUGGAGGUCAAAAAAGAACAAGAAGAAGAAGAAGAAGAAGAGGUUGAUUUAGGACACGGUGUAGAGACAGUGGAAAAGAAAAAGAAGAAAAAGAGAAAAAAUGAACAAGAGCUAAACACAGAAUCGGAGGAUGGAGAGACAAAGAAGAAAAGAAAAAAGAAGGAAGCAGACGAAUGCAAAGAGGAAAAGCAAAAGGUGAAGAAGAAGAAGAAGAAAAAACCUUCUGCAGAAGAGGAGCUGGAUGACAUCACCUCAAAUGAAAAGCUGGAGAAGAAGAGCAAAAAGCAGAAGAAGAACUUUAAAGGUGUGGAUGAAGGUGAGAGUCAAACUCACGCGAACGGAGGACACGUCAGCUCACCGGAUAAGAAGACGAAACGGAAAGUCAAGGCUGAUAAUGUCAUCGAGAAGAUGGAGGCGGAACCGGCGGGAAAGAACGGCUGCAAAGACGACAGAAACAAGACGCCGGAGAAAGUUAAGAAGCCGAGGGCAAGUAGAGCGGCUAUCGUGUUCCUGUCGGCAAAGCCUGGGAAUCAGGAUGAAGUUUCAAUAGAUCAGGCGCGCCGUCUCGCCCUACAGAGGGACAUUGACAAGGAAUCGCAGCCGGAGCCGAAUCUGGGCCAGUGGGGCACGGUGCAGUUCGACAGCUCUGACAGACAAGCCAAGUUCCUGCGCUUGAUGGGCGGCUUUAAAAAGAGCAGCCAGCCGGUCGCGGGAUCCUCCGGCUCGGCCAACAUGGCGCUGGGGAAAGAAGGCCAACAGACUUUGCAGCAAGGCCUUCUGGGAGAGUUUGAGCGCGCUCAGAGCCGCCAUAUGGACUUCAAAAUUAAAGGAGCCGGAUUGGGGUUCACAGCGCCGUCCAAUAAGAAGUUUGCAAUCGAUGCUAAUGCACGGAACUCGAUUCGAUUCGAUGACUGAGAGUUUACCUGAAAGUGAACGCUGUGUCAUCAUUUACUCACCCUCACACCGUUUACAAACCAAUGUGCUCGUAUGUCCUCCACAAAGGACAAAAAACCAACAGAAAAAUUGUCUAUACAAUAUAUGUUUGAAAUGACAGGAUGGUGAGUAAAUGAUGACAAAAUGUUCAUUUCUAGACUAAUUCUUUUCCUUUAAUGUUUGAAUCAAAAUGUGUUUAUUAAAUACUGGUGCAGUUUUGGAACAGAAGAGCACUGCACAAAAAAAGUAUUUGAUGGAUUUAAUUGAUUUUUUUAUUUUUUUUUCCCUAAGAGAUGUUAUACUCAGGUGAAGUAUCAGGAGAUGGAUUUGAGUUCAUCAUGGAUUUGCCCAAGAAAAGAUCCUAAAAGAAACGGACAUCAGAAAAGACUGAAUAAAGACACUGGAUUAGAGCUGUCAUGGUGGUUA